AUGUCCUGCCAGCAGAGCCAGCAGCAGAGCCAGCCCCCUGCCAAGUGCCCCUCACCCAAGUGCCCCCCGAAGAGCCCAGCACAGUGCUCCCCGCCCGCCCCCUCUGGCUGUGCUCUGAGCUCCGGGGGCUGCCACGGGCCCAGCUCCGAGGCCGGCUGCUGCCUGAGCCCCAACAGGCGCCGCAGGUCCCACGGGUGCCGGCGCCGCAGCUCUGGCUCCUGUGACAGAGCCAGUGACCAGCUGUCUGGGGGCUCUGGCUGUGGCCAGGGCUCUGGGGGCUGCUGCUGAC